AUGGCCAGACAACCAAAUCUCUACAGUUACCCUACGGUCGACAACCUCGCCGCCCACCUGCGCAGCUACAUCCUGACCUGUCAAAAAGCCGCCUUCCAACGACACGACGCCUUCAAGAUCGCCGUAUCGGGCGGUUCUCUCGCCGCGACUCUCGCCAAAGCUCUCCUCGUCGCCGAUUCAAAUGAAGACCCGGAGUCGUCUCCGCAGUUUUCGAAAUGGGAGGUCUUCUUCGCCGACGAGCGCGCCGUCCCUCUCGACAGCGAAGACAGCAACUACGGGCUCUUGAAGAAGGACCUCCUCGACAAAAUCCCCAGCGAACAAGGCACCCCGACUGUUCACACCAUCAACGUCGAAUAUCUCGACGACACGCAGGAACUCGCCGACCAGUACCAAGAGGCGCUCAUGUCGAGUUUCGCGAGCAAGGACUCGGUCAAGACACCCAUCUUCGACUUGAUCCUGCUGGGUUGUGGCCCCGACGGCCACACGUGCAGUUUAUUCCCCGGCCACCAACUCCUGCGCGAGUCGGAUGCGUGGGUCGCCCCGAUCGAGGACAGCCCCAAGCCUCCUCCGCGAAGAAUCACCCUGACACUGCCGGUCGUGACGCACGCGCACAAGAUUGCCUUCGUUGCCACGGGUGGUGGGAAGAAGGAGAUCCUCAAGAAAAUCCUCGAAGCCGACGACGAAGGUCGCAGUCUUCCCUGCGGUCUCGUCAACGAAGCCGGAGGCGAGAAGGUGACCUGGUUCACGGACCACGCCGCCGUCGAGGGUGUCUCAUUUCCCAGAAGGGGAAGUUUGUAG